AUGUCCUCCCCCAGGAGCGGGAGCUGGAGUGGCGCCCCAUCACAGAGUGCAGCCCCUACGCCCUGGGUGACCAUCUUGCAGCCUUUUCCUUCCCCUCUGCCUCAACCCAGCCGCGUCAAGGAAGACCUGCUGGAGCUCAUGAUGCUGCAGAACGCCCAGCUGCACCAGCUGCUGUUGAGUCAAAUGGUGGCAGGAGCCCUGAACCCGGGACCAGAGGGACCCAGCCCACAGGUCUAUACAGACAGCCAACAGGAACAGGUGGAGGAAGAGAUGGAGGCGCAGGAGCAAGAAGAGCCUGUGGUGGUCCACCACCACUAUUUGCCGGGCCCCAUGACACUCUGGCCAUCUUUCCUCCCUGUUCCCCCACAUCAACCUCCCUGGCAGGGUGCACCCAGGAUUCAGCACCAGCCGCCUGCCUCCAGGCAAGGGGAGGUGAGAGAUGUGCCCCCACCGCCACCCCCGAGUGCCACAGGGACUGUUGGUGCGGAUGUACCCCCAGCUUCAGAGUACUACGAUGCUGAGAGCCUGCCCUGAAGACGAAUCAUCAUCCGGCCUCACCCGCUUCAGCACGGGGCUGCCAGCAUGCUGGACUCUGCAUCCAUGCUGAAGCCCUUCAUCCGGCCUCACCCGCUUCAGCACGGGGCUGCCAGCAUGCUGGACUCU